AUGCUGAGCACUUAUCGCUAUUUGUUCUGUCCUUUCUUUAUUUUUCCUCUUUCUCUUCGUUGCUCAUUUCUACAAGUCACGUUCUUUUAUUUUCCUGUUUCUUCUUUUUGUCUGUUUUCCUUCUCUUUCUCCUUUCAUUUUCGUCUUAUCUUUCUCUCUUUUCUUUCAUUUUUAUCUUAUUUAUUCAUUUCUUUUUCUUCUUUUUGUCUGUUUUUCUUCUCUUUCUCUUUUUUCUUCACUUCAUUUUAUUCUCUUUCUUUUCUUUCACCUUAUUUUUUAUUUUUCCUCCUUAACUUCCUGAUCUUUACUUUUUCAUUCUUUUUUCUUUCUCUUUACUUUCUACACCUUUUCAUUCUUUUUUUUCUUUCUCUUUACUUUCUACACUUUUUCAUUCUUUUUUUUCUUUCUCUUUACUUUCUACACUUUUUCAUUCUUUUUUUUCUUUCUCUUUACUUUCUACACUUUUUCAUUCUUUUUUCUUUCUCUUUACUUUCUACACUUUUUCAUUCUUUUUUUCUUUCUCUUUACUUUUACUUUCUUUCCCUUCAUUUUUUUUGUUUUACCCAAACAUCUUUCUUUUUUACUCUUUUCAUUUUUCCUCAUUUUUUUAAUUUCAAAAGAAAUUUAAAUUUAAUUUGA